CUCUCUCUCUCUCUCUCUCUCUCUCUCUCUCUCUGCUCUGUACUGUUCAGUCUUCAGUGCAGCUCGACUCACACUGUCCGGAUCUGCGGAUCACCUCGUACCUCGAUCACCUUCAUCAGAGCAUCAGAAGCACCUCUACCUGACGAGAAGUGGAGCAAGAUCCAGGUUCAGUUGACCCACGUUCAGGAUUGAGGAGUCUUGCUAAUGCUGAAAAGCUUCUUCAAUUUCAGUUGAAGGGUUUUUUUUUUUCGUGGACCCCCCAAAAAAUAAAUAAAAGCAAAAUCACACACGCUUCAGACACAGAAAGUCAGCAUGGCGACGACGGGCAUGCAGCUCCUGGGAUUGGUCAUGUCUAUCAUCGGCUGGGUGUGCGGCUUCCUGGUGUGUGUGCUGCCCAUGUGGCGCGUCACGGCGUUCAUCGGCAACAACAUUGUGACGGCGCAGAUCACGUGGGAGGGCCUGUGGAUGAACUGCAUCGUGCAGAGUACUGGCGAGAUCCAGUGCAAGGUGUACGACAGUAUGCUGGCGCUACCCAGUGACAUGCAGGCGGCGCGUGGCCUCACCGUGCUCUCCAUCCUGCUCUGCACCCUGGCGCUGACCCUCGGCGUACUGGGCAUCAAAUGCACCAAGUGUGUGGGUCAGCCGAGCUUUGAGGCACGGCUGGCUCGCAUCUCCGGUAUACUCUUCGCCAUUGCAGGGUUCCUCUACCUCGUGCCCGUGUGCUGGACGGCCCACUCCAUCAUCAAGGAUUUCUACAACCCGUACGUCGCGGCGCCGCACAAGCGUGAACUCGGCCCUGCGCUCUACCUGGGCUGGGGAGGCUCGGGAUUGCUGCUCAUCGGCGGAUCUCUGCUCUACACUGGCUCAAGCCCACCCGGCAUCCCCUCAUCGCCCACCUUCAGCAGCGGAGAGAGCAGCCCGCGCCGGGCCGGGGGAAGCACGCAGGUCAAAGGUUAUGUUUAACGAGCGAGACCGACUGCAGUCGAGCCCAUACCAAUCCCCUCUGCUAGCUUUCCCCAUCAUCAUACAUUCCAGUUAAUGUUAAUGUAUUUUUUAUGAUUCACUGUUAGUCUUAAUGCCUGACUCUGAAGAGGCAAUGAAGGGUGUGAAGAAAAAAAAAAAAGGUGUAAUUAUUUAGUUUUUCAUCCUCUUGUGUUGUAUAACCUUGUCUCUCUCUCUCUCUCUUUCUCUCUCUCUCUCUCUCUCUCUGUAUUUAUUCAUGUAUGGAAAAAAAUAAAGACAUCCUACAAAGCC